AUGGCGAGGGAGACGACGUCCGAGGAGGUCUUUGAAGGGCUCGUCGAGGGGUAUCUCGCCAAUCUGGGGCCGACGAAGCGAGGGAAGGCUUUGAUCGACGGCACCCUCUUCGCCUUCAUCCUCGACACCCUCCGCGACCCCUCCGACACGACCCUCGGCGACUCUGGCGAGCGCUACUGGGCUCGCGCGCACUUCGAGUUCAUCCGUCCGCCUGGCGACGAGAACGGCGAAGUACUCGGCCCGAACGGCGACCCGCUCGUCCGCUAUUUCAGGAUCAAUCAGCGGACUCGCGCGAGGACGGCCGAGAAACCGGUGGCUCAGCGGCACGAGAUCUACGAGAUUGUCAAGGAAGCGCACGAGAGGACGAACCAUGGAGGACGCGACAAGACGUACAACGCCGUCAAGGCUGAGUGGUCGCACAUCCCGAAGGACCUCGUCACCGGUUUCAUCAAGCACUGUCCAGCGUGUUCCAACGACCGAGAAGCGGGUUCCAGCAAAGCGGCGAAAGGAAAGCAGGUCAAACUGCCCACAUUGAACUCGCUCAACCUGCCUUUGCCGCCUCCUCCAACUCCUUCGGCCAACACCGUCAAGCUUCGACCUCGCAAGGCGAACUCACGACCGGAAGAGGCGAAGGAGCGACAUGAGCCGCUCGGAAUGGCCGCCCUCCUCGUGGCCGCCAGCGCCCUCUCCUCCCCUCCGCUUCCCACUGACACGGCACAGGAUGAGCAGCUUUUCGGCUCGUCACUCCACUCGCACUCUCUUGUUGCGGGGGCACCGGAGCACCGCUGGUCCUCCUCUUCGACCUCGUCCUUGCUGCACUCGCCGCAGCAAUCGCCUUUUCGACCUAUGUCCCUCUUCGACCCGCUCAUCAAGUCUUCGACGUCGCUGCUCUCCGAGCCGCUCGAAACGUCGCCAACACUGAGUGCGCGACAGCUCACGCUCACUCCCGCCAGCUCGAACGACGGUUCGUCUGCCCAGGAAGGCCCUCUUCCCGUCCCUUGGCGGACUGGCGAAAGCCCGACCGACUUUGAUCCGAGCUUUUGGCUCAAUGACGAGCUCUGUGACGACGCUUGCGAUGUUUGGGGCGCGACCUCGCCUCAGGCCUUACCCGGCACAGGCGCAGCUGCAGACUCGACCUCCUCUCCCCUACAGACCGCUCCGUCUCGACCCAACAAGCGCCGCGCUUCUUCCUUCGACUGUUUUGUUUCUUCCUCUUCUGCAGAACGUACUGACGAGCACCUCUAUGGCGACGAGGCUUCCGACGCUCCGCCUACGAAGCGUCGCCGCGCUACUUGCUCUCCCUCUUACCUGCGCUAG